ACUCUUCAAGAUGGCUAGUCAUACUGUCAAUAGCAAAAAUUAUAAUAUUAAACUUAUUGAUACUCUUUAUAAUCAGGUUCCAGCUUUUACCGAUGUUUUCGAUGAAGAAACUUGGUAUAUUUUUGUUGCCUGCUUUGUUGCAGGAACAUUUUUAGUUGCAUUUAUUCUUUCAAGAUUUAUAACAUUAAAACCCGUGGAAUGAAUUAAAAAUAUUUCUAAAAAAAUGACAUCUUAUAUCCAUACGUGUAGAUUAUUAGUUAUAUUCAAUAAAUUUUGUUAAUAUUAAAUUGUAAUAAUCUUGCUGUAUGCUAUAUGAUUAUAAACAUUAAGUUUUCAUUAUGAUUGUAAUAAAUAACAUAUUACAGUGUAUCACAACUUUAUUCUUUAAAUAUGUGAUCAAUCAAUUCGGCAUUUAUAUCCCUAUUAUAGAUUUCAACACAUUGUGUGUAUCAUAGUUUUGAUGAACAAAGUUAAUAUCUUUAAUGUAAUGCAAAUUAUAUAAUAAUAAAAAAAUUAACAAAAAGUCA